AUGGCUUCCUCUUCUUCCUACUUCAGCGGUAAUAAAAGGGGUAACCACAAAUCGCCUAGGCGUAAACAACCAGUCUCCAGACGAAGUGGCGGAAAACAGAAUACCAGCAAACUGAAUUUCUUCAAAAAAUCGGACGGCCCCCGGAAAUCGUCACAGAAUCGGAUAACUGAUUACACAAUCAAAGUACAAAAUAACUGGGAGAGGGAUCCCAAUACCAGAGGGACAGAUGGUUCUGAUAGUCUCUUUUUUGAGGAGGAGGAAGGGAAAGGGAAUGAUAGUAACCACAACGAAAAAGAACCUCCAAGCCUGACCAGGGCGAGGUCGGCGACGCCCUUUGAUCUGUGGGGGAAUCCUGAAGUUGAGGAAGCUUCUGGACAUGCCAGUGAUAAGUCAAUGUAUAACGAAAAUGGCAACAGUGGCCAAAAAAGACGAAAAGUCGAUAACUCUGGCUCUGAAGGAACAACUGCUCUAGUCUCGGAGGUCUCGGAGACAUGUUCAGGGGACGUACCUGAAACGAUUCCAACGACAUCGAAAGGUUCAUACUCAACGGCUAGAUUGUCGAGUAUGAAGCGUAUUGGACCCUUCUUAGAUGAAUCUGAUAGCGAAGAAGGAUCUCAUUGUUCAAGCAACAAGGAUUCUUCCCUCAGAUCUAGGACUCAUACACCGGUGCAGGAACUCGGAUACGAGAGAGAUUUACUAACAGAUUCAUCGAAUGAGUUCCCUACCAGACCUAUGAGGAAUAGCCUUACCAUGACAGCUGUCGAUGAUCCUUUCAUUAGUGAAGAUAUUGAUUCUUACGAACAGCGAAAGGGAAGGGAUUACGAUGACAGAACUUCGAGAAAAUGUAAUGAACCUCAGGAGCUAUUUGAUAAGGCGUGCUCCAUAGAGCCAACCGGUAUUAGCAAGGAUGACGCGCUUCCCGGAAUUGAUUUUGCCGUUUGUCCGAUUUGCGGCGAGAGUCUCGCUGGUAUUAGUGACAACGAAGCAUCUUUGCAUGUGAACAAUUGUUUGGAUGGGAACCCCACACCCACACCUACCGAUGAACCAGUUGUAGUCGUUGAAUCAAAACGAGGUACCUCUGUUGCGACGUUGAAGAAAGCCGCGAUUCCUCGUCCGGGACAACGAAAUCCGUUUACUAUGGAAUUUAUAGAGAAGGAAACCUCAGCGUUCUCGAAAAUAAUGUCUGGCAAUGCUGAAGAUUCCGCAUGGGCCGCGGCCGCCGCCAAGGAGGACGCCUCUAGAGGAAAACAGGCGUAUGAACGCACAUGUCCAUUUUACAAAAUCCUUCCCGGUCUUUCGGUUUGCGUGGAUGCCUUUAGAUACGGCGCUGUUGAGGGAUGCAGUGCUUAUUUUCUCAGUCAUUUCCACAGUGAUCAUUAUAUGGGGCUUACGUCUUCUUGGUGUCACGGGCGAAUUUAUUGUAGUAAAAUCACGGGAAAUCUAGUUCGCCAACAACUCAAGGUUGACCCUGAAUGGAUUACAGACAUCGAAUGGGACGAAGUCUUUGAAAUUCCCGAGACAGGUGGUGUCCAGGUCACCAUGCUUCCUGCUAAUCACUGCCCUGGAAGCUCGUUAUUUUUGUUUGAAAAGGAAGUUGGCAAGGGCCCUAAACCAAAAAUUCAUCGCAUACUUCAUUGCGGUGACUUCAGGGCAAGCCCCGCGCAUGUACGACAUCCUCUGCUCCGGCCUGAUGUUGUCGAUUCCUUGACUGGAAAAACUAAGCAACAAACGAUCGAUGUUUGCUACCUCGAUACGACAUAUCUUAACCCCAAAUAUGCAUUUCCAAAUCAGGAGGAUGUUAUUACUGCUUGUGCAAAUGUAUGUGCAAACCUGGAUAGCAACGAGAAUAAAGAUGUUGGACAGGCGACACAUGGUCCAAAGAUCACUGCCAUGAAAACUAUGGUGGAUUUUCUCUCCAAAAACCCAGAAUCACAAACCCAACCUGGCCACCAACGGUCCAAAUCCGCCGACCGCUUACUUGUCGUCGUUGGAACCUAUAGUAUUGGCAAAGAGCGCCUCUGCAUUGCUAUUGCGCGUGCUUUGAAUUGCAAAAUAUAUGCACCAGCGGCAAAACAACGGAUAUGUGCUUGUUUAGAGGAUGAGGAACUCUCUGGUCUACUUACGUCCAACCCUAUUGAAGCCCAAAUUCACAUGCAGGCUUUAAUGGAAGUCCGGGCGGAAACGCUUCGAGACUAUCUUCUUUCGUUUAGACCACAUUUUUCACGAGUUGUUGGAUUCCAGCCAACUGGAUGGAACUAUCGGCCGCCGGCAGGAAGAACUACAGAUAGUCCCCCAGUCUCCUCAGUGUUAUACUCUGAUUCUUGGCAAUCUCGGUUUAAUGCAAGGGACCUAAUCCCGCAACGCGGAAGCAAUCCGGAGAGCACCUGCUACAUGGUGCCUUACAGCGAGCAUAGUUCUUUUCGGGAGUUGACCAUGUUUUGCUGUGCUCUAAGGAUUGGAAGAGUGAUCCCUACUGUCAAUGUCGGAAGUAAAAAGAGUCGGGAUAGAAUGAAGCGAUGGGUAGAGAAGUGGGAAGCAGAGAAACGGAAAAACGGAUUGUUUAAGGUGGAUGAUGAAGCAACUCGAUGUGCUCCAGAUUCCCAUUUACAGGUCUCCCGCCGCUUCAAGCAUCUCCCGUCUUUUGCACCCGAUGCCAGCUCUAAGUCACGUGUCGGCCCCAUUCGGUUUGACGGCCACAUCGACCACAUUACCCCAUGCCUAUCGGGGUCGUCAUCGGCAGAUAAGAAAUGCAUGUCGAGGAAACUUCUCUACUCAAAGCUGCUGGUUCCCGAGAAGUCCCUUUUGCCGACUCUCUCCUUCUUUGAAGGCAGUGCCGACCACAACCGACAAGUUUUCAUAGAGGCUUCCCAACCUUUAGGUGCUCUCGGGCGAUGGUAUCUUCAUGAUAUACCAGCUCCCUUUACGGCUUCACUCUCUAAUUUAUGGCUUAUGUACCAGUGCCGACGAGGUCGGCGGUACCAAGCUGUGGACACAGAUCCGGAUGCUAUACCGAUUAUUUAUGGGCAUGGAAAUGGGUUCUUAAAAUCGGAGUAUUAUGAUGCGUUUGUGUCCAUUGGCCGGGGCCUUUUUAAUACCCGAGACCGUGCAGAGCACACACGGAAACGCAAGACAGUGUCUCAUACAUUUAGUGCUCGGUCAAUUGGACAAUUUGAACAGUACAUCCAUGCAAACCUAGAGCAGUUUGUACGGCAGUGGGAUAGGCUCUCUAACUUGCAGCGCAACCCCAAAACUGGAUAUGCGUCAAUUGAUGCGCUACACUGGUUUAACUAUCUUGCUUUAGAUAUCAUUGGCGACUUGGCAUUCGGCGCCCCUUUUGGCAUGUUAGAAAAGGGUCGAGACGUUGCGGAGGUUCGAAAGUCUUCUGAUUGCCCUCCUACGUAUGCUUCAGCAAUUCAGGUUCUUAACAGACAUCUUAAGCCUUGGGCAAAGUUUCUUCCGGAUCGAUUUUUCCGAGAUGGUCUAGAGGCAGUGGAAGAACUUGCGGGAAUUGCUGUUGCACUUGUGUCUGAGCGUCUUCGACCCGAAGUCAUGGAAAAUAAUACGCGCGUAGAUCUCCUUGCUCGCCUAAUGGAAGGGCGAGAUGAGAAUGGUGCCAAGCUUGGCCGAGAAGAGCUCACUGCAGAGGCACUCACCCAACUAAUCGCUGGAUCCGAUACUACCUCUAACACAGCUUGUGCAAUGCUAUAUUGGGUUCUGACAACCCGGGGCGUAAAAGAGAAACUCCAACAAACUCUGGAUGAGGUAAUUCCAGCAGUUGUGGAGGUCCCGUCAUAUGCCAUGGUCAAAGAUAUCAAAUACACAGGACCACGUGCCUGCGUUGGUCGAAACGUAGAAGAGAUGGAACUGCAAUGUAUGGCCGCGACGGUUUUCAAGAACUUCGACUUUGAGGUUCGACAAGAUGGCCCGUUGGAGACAAGGGAAGGAUUUUUGAGGAAGCCUUUUGAGCUGCAUGUCGGUCUGAAAAGGCGACGGCCUUAA